AUGGUUCCUUCCUUCCCUGUUGCGUCGUCCAUCGGCGCCGCCGUCCUCUUUGACCCGCCGAGCGUCCUACACGCUGCAGCUGCAGACACACUGAAACAGAUUAGCGGCUGUUCGUCGUCGUCGUCGUCGUCGUCGUGUCGGUUCUGCAAGCAGACCGUUGAGCCCAGCCAACUGACCUGCCACUCGGGUACACUGAAGGUCGCCUUUCCCUUUCUAAUUAAGGUGGAUCCCCGGAGCCAUGGGAAGAGGCCCCUACCCGCCGCGGACGAGGAGGAGACACCGGCGGCGGCAGCCAAGAACGAGCAGGAGGAGCAUCCCGUCGUCGCUCAGCACGGCCACGAAGCCACCUUCAGCGCCGGCGGCGUCGGCGGCCCGUCGUUCGCCACGCCGCUUGCCGGCCCUUCGCCGCAGGCGUACGCGCAGUACUACUACUCGGCGCGCGACGACUACGACGCCUCCGCCGUGGCCUCCGCGCUGGCCCACGUCAUCCGCGCCUCCCCCGACCACCAGCAGCCCCCGCCGCACGGCUUCUACUCCGCCGCCGCAGCGCCGGGACCGGGAGACCAGCAGGCGGCGCACCCCGGCCACGCCGCGGCCGAGGAGGAGCAAGGUGGGAGGCGGCGGCACUACCGAGGGGUGAGGCAGCGGCCGUGGGGGAAGUGGGCGGCCGAGAUCCGGGACCCCAAGAAGGCGGCGCGGGUGUGGCUCGGCACAUUCGACACGGCGGAGGACGCCGCCAUCGCCUACGACGAGGCCGCGCUCCGGUUCAAAGGCACCAAGGCCAAACUCAACUUCCCCGAGCGCGUCCAGGGCCGCACCGACCUCGGCUUCCUCGUCACUCGCGGCAUCCCCAACCGCCACGGCCACCACCAGCCCGCCGCGGGGGUGACGCUGCAGGCAACAAUGCCGCCAUCGCCGCACCAGGGCCAGCACCAUCAGACCGUCGUGCCGUACCCGGACCUCAUGCAGUACGCGCAGCUGCUGCAGGGCGGCGGCCGGGGCGACCACGCGGAGCCCCAGCAUCAGGCGCAGCUCAUGAUGAUGGGUGGUGGCGCCCGCGGCAUCAACCUGCCGUUCAGCGCCGCGUCAUUCUCGCCCUCGUCGUCGUCGGCGCCGCAGAUACUCGACUUCUCGACGCAGCAGCUCAUCCGGCCCGGCCCGCCGUCGCCCGCAGCGGCAAUGUCGUCGGGCGCCGCAGCGCCGUCCACGCCGUCGUCCACGACAACGGCGUCGUCGUCGCACAGUGGCAGUGCAUGGCCGUACGGCGGGGAGCACAAGAAUAAAGACGCGUAAGGAGGAGCUGGGGAUAUGCAUGCAUGCAAUUUGCCAUGUUGACACGAUCAAAUCAAGUAGUCAACUGUACGAGAGUAAGUGGUGGUGGCCAUUUUUGCUGGGAACAUAAACAUUUCUUGUUUGCCUUCUUUUUCUUUUUCUAAAUGCUCUUCUUUUUGUUCAUUUCUAGUUCAUUUGAAGAACUUUUAAGAAGUAGAGAGUUAGCUGCUAGAGUUUGCUACCUUGUUCAUCUCUUUAAUUAAUGUGUUAAAGUGUCAACUACUCAAUUGUCCAAACUAAUCCAAAGCAAGAAGAGAGGAAUCUGAUUGAUGAAAUAGGACAUGUUUUGUUUCUUCAAAUGAUUCAUUUCCUCUGUCCAUAUAUUUGGUUGGAAUUAAGAUCUUGCAUGUUCUA